AUGAGUGACAAGGAGUAUCACAGCCGCACCAAAGUGUACGGCGGCCCCUACCUGCUCGUGUACCGCGCGUUGGACGGCGGCGACCGCCCCGUGGCGCUUAAAGUGGUCGACACCGAUUUCCGCCUCCCGCCACACCUGAUUGACAACGAAAUCAAGCUUGUAAAGCAAUUGCAGCAUCCUGGCAUCAUCCAUUACGUCACUGACUACCGAGACGGCGACGACCGGGUGCUCGUCACGUCUUUCUACCCAUAUACCUUAACCCGCUACCUUGAUGUGACUAGCCGGCGCACGACCAAGUUCGACUUGGCGUCACCUGACGCCGCUGCCCCACCGACAGUGACCAAACGCAGUACGGUUACCAGCGAGUGGGGCACCACCACGCUCAUCCAACUAGCCGACGCGCUCGCCUAUCUCCACUCCCAAGGCGUGAUCCACCGCGAUCUCAAACCCGAUAAUAUCUACUUCAGCGACCAACUGGGCCAGAACCCGGUGAUUGGCGAUUUCGGCAUCCUGUGGCAACUGGGAAUUAGUGAACCCGCCGACGAUAAAGUGCUUGACAUCAGCACUGGCAUCUAUAAGCCGAUCGAGUGCUGUUUUGGCUAUAACUGCUAUGGGACCGAAGUAGAUAUCUGGCUGCUCGCGAUGGUGAUGCUGGUGGUUUUCGCCACUACUUCGAAUAAACUGGUAUUUGACGGGGGUAACGAUAUCCAGCUUAUCCUGAGUGUAUUCCACCAUUUGGGAACGCCAUACCUCGAGCCCGACGCCGAGCGCGCCCCUCAGUGCUUUUGGCCGACGAUGGCCAAUCCGCGCUACCAUUUGGUCCAGUUUACCCUCACGCCGCUGCCCCGCCAGCCCAUGCCGCUGCUAUUCCCUCGGUGCACCAAUUCAGCAGUGCUAGACGUUCUAGACGACAUGCUCAGCUACGAGGGUUCGCAGCGGCCCACUGCCGCCGCCAUUGUCCGGCGAUUGCGGCCACUGGCGUCUCGCUAA